AUGAGUUCUAAGGUUCGCCUGGCCUACUCCACGCUAUGUGAUGCCACAUCGGCGGAUGCCGUACUGCAUGGCAGCUUCCGUUACCCCGGAUCUGAUGACGUAGUCAUAGUGCAGGGACGCCGCCUCGUGCUCUACACGCUGCUCUCAACAGCCGAUGGCGCCUUCGUGCCGCAGGAUCGUUAUGACCCGCCCAGCUGCACGCUGCGCGACCACGAAGAUGCCGUUAAGCGGUUCGGUAGUCACGUGGUUUCCGAAUCAUUGCGUUUUGUUUCGGAGACGGCAUUGAUGGACGCCCCUAUCGCUACGCGUGUACUGCACGACUGCGUGCUUCACAGCUACCGCCGCGUAUCAGCGCCCGAUGACGAACAACCUUCAAGCGAUUCUGCAGUCGCGGGUACCGUAUCACCAACAAUUCGAGAAGCUGUGGCAACACCACUGGAUUGUGACAAGGACACGCCGGACGCAGCCGGCCCGGAGUCGACAUUGGCAUCCGCUGCCGCUACAGGAGAUGAUGUGGACGUUAGCGAACAUGUGCGUGACGAAUUCCAGGCUACCAGUGCGUUACUGCUGACUUUUGAGCAUGGGCGUUUGUUGACUUGCGCCUUCAACGUGGUUCAGAACACCUUUAUAACAUUGUCUAUGCAUGCGCUUGACCGCCGUCUGGAUCCGAAAGAUGAGGCGCAGUAUGCAUCGCUGCCAAUUCGAGAGAAGAUGCGGAUAGCAUCGGUGAAAGAGCCUCACGUUUCAGUUUGCGAAGUACACGGAUGGCGCCUUAUUUCCCGGCGCAAUGUUUCCAAACAGAGCCUCGGCGUUUAUGGCAGGCGUUUCCUAAUAGCCAUGUGCUUUAACGAACGCAUUGUGCAACUGUUGCCGAUCGUCUUUGAGUUCUCGCGGAAUGUAUCUGCCACGUCACACUGCUACCAGCCGUUAUCCGAACAUCAGGAUUCUGUGUUGCGUCCCGGAGACACCGAUCAGCACAGCGUCACGUUUGUACCGUGGCUGCGGGCGGAGAACAUGGUUGACUUCGACGUGGACUCGAGGCUUGGUUUUUGCGACGGCCGAUACUUUGUGCGCGGGUUGGACUUGGUAUCUCACUCCAGCCUUUGCAUCCUGGGAUUGUUAGUAUCGACAAAACCGGAGAGUGUGGGGGUGCACGUGAUCGAAGGUGAGGAUUACGUCAUUGGUGGAAUGAGCUACGUGGCUAUAUCCGUGAAUUGCAGGUCAGGUUUUAGUAGCGUGAUCCAGCGCAUGGACUCCCUACCUAUGGACACUUGUGAGAUCUUGGCCGUACCCGCUAGCAUUUACGGCACCGCCGGUUUCAUGUUUCGAUCUCUAGACUUCCUAAUGUGGGUAACCGUCAUGUCCCCCACCUUAUGCUGGCAGUUUGUGUCGCCAACGGGUCUGAUAAACACGUGUUUCGACUCCGCGUCCAGGGAAGCGCAAUUAGCCAGAUUUCUGGAUGCCAUGUAUCUCGAUAUCGACUUAAACGACUGCACCGUCGGCUUUGCGGGGAAUUCGUUCGUUUUGGUUCCCCGUAGAUACGGCCAAGCGUACAUUGGCCGGCCCGUCUGUGGUCACGAGGGCGUAAUGCGUGAUAUAUUCUGGACGAAGUUGGGGGAGCUUGACUUUGAGGUCUCCGCCAGUGCAUUAGUGAUGGUUGAUGGCCGCAUGGAGCUGCUAGCAAGUGGCAGCGGUGUGGACCUUGCCCGGUACAGUGUUUGUUACCCCCCUGGGUUUUUGGAGUUCGAACUGGAUACCGAGACCGUUGAGAGCAGCUGCUAUCCCUACGAAGUGGAGAUAGCAGAGAUUCCCACCAAAGUAGUGUUUACCAAACUUCUGCUGCGCGAGGCCUUCACCUCGGCAACAGGCGAGGGUUCUCUCGAUGUUCGUGUCUCUUUGGCAAAUGUUGGCGCGUUACGUGAUCCGAAGAACGUGAGUCUGCCGGAAUUAUGGCAAGUCGGAUGCGUACGUCCCGUUAAAGAUGGCGGAAAUGAGGAAGAAUUGCCGCUUGACGACCGCGUGGUGCCGAAGUAUAAGCCCCAGCGCCGACCCUAUGCAGUCCACGGCCGCCAGGUAACCGAGAUUGCAACGGUUGACUACGUCUGGCCGAAGCAGCAGUCACUGGUGGGAUUGUGCGACGACAGCAAGAUAGUGGUUCUCAUGGAGAAGUACCCGCUCCACAGCGUCAUUUCCAUCCCGCUGCAGAGAGGAUCAACCCUAAUCCCACUGGAAUAUACCAGCCAGCAAUUUUCAACAGAGGAGGAUACGCAGUUCCAACAUUCACGUGACACAAGUCUGCUGCUCACCUGGCAGAGUGGGACAUGCACUGUUGACCUGAACGAGUAUAGCCUUGCCGUCCAGUGCAGCAGCGCGCUGGAUCGGCGCCAAGCUUUGCAGCACACAGCUGGGACCGAACCUCCGCAAAUGGCUAUAUCGACGGAUGAGACCACUCUGUGCUACGGCACAGUCCUGGGCAACCGGUUCGCGGUGCAGAUAACGCCGACAAAGGCUGCAUUCAUCGAACUCCGUGAUUACACGCACGCGUGUUCGAUGGCACUAACUGAGUUUGAUGCAGAGCCGAAUUCAAGUGUAUGGGCAGCUGAGGUAGCCGACAAUGUUGUGGUAUGUCUAUUCAGAAGCGGUAAUGUUGCAGUGUUGAGCGUGGCGGAAGAUUCUGGCGCACCAUCGUUAACCAUUGUAAGGAGGAUCUCCGGUGGAGUCGUGCAGCAUAUAAGCUUAUAUUGGCCGAGGCGUGUCAACAGCACCUUCGAUGACGUUUGUUUGUUGGUGUUGACUACAAUGGACACGUUGUUUUGUUAUCGCAUGCACACUUUUGAGCGUGUCUUCGCAUUCAAGGGUAUUACUCAGGUGUUUCCGCGCCUGUUCUCUGACAAUUCCGAGGAGUUGAACAUAACCGCAGUAGAUGUGGAGAAACAACAGGAAUCACCAUCUGCCGCUGCUGAGGUUGGCCAGCGCCGUGUAGAUAAACGUACCCGGGCUACAUCGGAAGCCAACACGCCUGACGAAGAGGCCUCAAGUGCAACUAGGUCAAAUACAAGAGCUAAGGUUACAGCUACCAAGUCUAGAUCGAAUAGCUCCGAAGACGAACAACAAGGGGGCACUGAUGUAUCGGCAUCGGAACCGAAUCCGCCGUGUGCGACCGAUGCCCCCGACUGCACCACCCAGGAACCUUUCGUGGCUAGUUUGGACUUUGCUAUUGAGCGUUGGAACAAAUUGCGGCACUAUGAGGGGACGCUGGAAUACGUGAUUUCUAUACGCAUGCUGGAUAUAUCUCCUACGGAUUUGGGCCCCACCUUGUUGGUGCUUAUGACGGGGCGUCCUCUGCUCGUGUACCGAUCGUAUUUGGUCUCAGGCACCGAUUACGUAUUUGAGUUGUUCACGCACCGAUUUGUACACCCCGUCCCAAGUGCUUAUGUGGAGGUAAACAGCACGGCCUCCCCCAACCAUCGACUCCUAAUGCAACUAAAUCGUGAGCGCAAUGUGGGUAGUUUCUGCAUUAGGAGCCCGCUUCUGGGGUGCCGCGGCAUCACCGAUCUCGACCAAUCGGACUUGAACCAUGCCACAGUGUCGUAUCCUCACAUAUCGACAGAUGACGUGGUGUACUACUCCGUCGGCGCCGAGAGCACCGAGCUGGGCCCCUCCGCCAAACCGCUAUCGAGGUCCGAAAUAACACCCAGCAGUGAGUUUUUCAGCGCAAUUGAGACGUUGAAUAAGCGUUGGAACAACUUCCGACCGCCUUGCCUGCGUCUGACAUCGAUAUGCAACCGGUUGCGAAUUCACGAAUACGAGGUGGAGAAUGCACUUGACAUGGAUACCGUUCUGGGUGACGCGGAGUCGCGUGUCACGUGUCUGUACAGCAUUGUGACAGAGCAGCACGACUUCUCUCGCUAUGUGGUUUUCCUUACCCAGCCUGGUACCCUGGUAGUGUGUGUACCCGGCAUGCUGCAUCAGGAGACCAGCAUCAAUGGCUACGUGGGGUUACAGGAGAUUAUCGCCGGCUCCGACGAUGCUGAAUAUUUGACAUCGAAACGCGCAUCAGAGACGACGUGGAACCCACUGCUGUGCAGGCUUGAGUCCGAAGACUCGCAGAGCGUACGUGCCAACCUUUUCUGCCGCCGUCUUCGGGAGAAUGCCGGAGGCAUCGUAUUUAGCGGCGAUAUGCUGUCUCACAUGUCACCUCUGGGUAACAUGCGUGGCAGUUUAAUGGCCGUUUCCAACCGGAAUUACUACCUUUCCAAUGGCGUGAUUAGGGCCAACCGUAACGCCACUAUCGCAACGCUUCAAUCCGGGAGCGCUAUACAUCCGGUAUAUUGCGGCAAAUUGAUCGCGGUAGUGGUACGCACAACUGUGGAUGCGAAGGAAGAGCUAACAGGGGUGCUGAACGACCGCAUUAAGCUGCAACUACGUCAGCUGGAAUCGGAGACUCUGCCACCGGGCACGAAGCCCAUAGAGAUAAUUGAGCCCAACAAGCAGAUCUGCACUUUUCUUCAAACGAUAGAUCUAUUCCCGCAAGACAUUACUGUUUCCAAGCCCGUAUGGCGCGACAUAGUUUUGGUGCUCCACAUGGGUGACUUGCACCAUUGGUUCGCGGAAUACCGCGCGGAGCCCAUGGAAUCCAUCCUGUCUCUGACCUUCGGCAUAAUUGGCAAUCGGGAAUACCUGUUGGUGGGGACGUGUACGAACCUGGGCGAGAAUAUUGAGUCGAAGGGCGAUGUUACUGUGAUCGACUUGCAGUCGCUCUUCCAGCGUCAGCCUUGCCCGGAGGAUAACGCUGCCUCCGAAGGCGCAAAAUCCAUCAGGAGGUCGCGCAACUGCAUUACUCUUACGCAGUAUUGCAAGCGCAUAUUCCCCGGUGCAGUGUCGUUCCUGUCAUCUCUGAAUACGGACUUCGACCUGAUUUUCCGUCCGAACUUCAACUUCCAGGAAGACCUCGCUAACAUCGGCAAAUCCGACAAUGUCAUGAUUUACGGCAACGAGGACAGCCGGCGUUGGACCUUGUCUCACUUCAUGCCAAACUACGGCCUAUUCGUGCACUCUGUUGGCUCGCGAUUGUUUGUGCACGAGGUGUCCGGCAAGCAGUUCCUGCGUGGCGCCUUUGCGGAGGUCCCGCUGUGCGUCUCCACGGCGUGCGUAUUUGACAAGUGCAUCGUUGCUGGCGACCUAAACCGCGGCCUGCACUUCUUCAUGUAUCGCCACGAUGCGGUGAACGACUCCCGCACCCUGUGCAAGAUUGGCUCUACUGUGCAAAAGGUAGACCUGUCUGUGGUGGCCUGUGCGCCGCUUGUCAACCGGGAUUCGUUGGGCCUGAUGGCGAGCGAUUACUACGCUAAUCUGCUGCUUUUCAGCAACGAGAGCGAGAGCAGCGGCCGCGAUACUCUGGUGGUGACGGCGGCAUUACGGCUGCCAACUCGCGUGACCCACUUUGUUCGUCGAGAGCCUGACUUCAGGCACGUUUCCGUGCCCUCCGCAGCGCUAGGAUUCUGUGCCGAUGGCAGCGUGCUGCUGACCUUCAUGCCCGAGUCGGGCAUCUUCCAGUUUUUCAAGAACGUACAGUCUGCCAUGGACUCGUGCAUAGCACCCCCACUUGGCGUAAACAGGUGCUCCACCCCGUUCUUCACGUCGCAGAUGUCUCAGACUCAGGCCGUGUGGCCGGGGGAUGAGUCUGUGCUGCAUUUGGACAUUCUGAGGAAACUGCCGUUCCAGACGGAAUCGUUUCUGUCGGGCCUAUGCAGCAGGAUGUCGGAGGAAGGCUCACUGCCCUCGUACCAGCUGCUGCACGCACUUUACAGCGGCCUGCUCUCGGUGUAA